CCUCGCCCGCUAGCUCUGGUACAGUUUCUACAGCAGGCAAAAAGAAACGUCGGCAACUUGUUUUGCAUUCAUCCUGUUUUUUGUUUUUCUCCACUCUCCCUUCCUCUCACAAUUCCAAGCCGAGCACAAUCCAAAAAAGCCAAACGCAAAUCUUAGCCGUUGCCAAACCGACCCCAAAAUAUCUUUCACCAUGGCCAAAUCCAAGAAAACCACCCCCAUCACUCUCAACAAGCUCGACGCCGUCUUUGGUCGAGGCCGCAAGCGCGACCAUGUCCGCAAUGGAUCCGUCUACCGAGGUUUGAUCGAGAAGUACUGGAAGACUUACGCCGAGAUGGAUCCCAGCAAGUUCGCGAUGCGCCGUGCCUUUGUCCAGACCAAGAUUUUGGAUGUGGUGAUCCGCAAGGGAGGACGCUUCAUUAUGCGAGCUGCAACUGACAUGUCCGAGUUGCAUCCCUCCAACGUAUCUGACCUUCGUCUCAUCUUCAAGAAGGUCCAACGCGCUCUGUUCAACGAGAAGAAGCGUCAAGAAGCCAAGCAGAACCGUUCCUUCAAGUCCAAGCACAACACCUUUGAGCCUGACGCGGAAGAAGUGGCAUCCUCGAGCCUUGACAUGAUCUUGGGUACCUCGAGCGAAGAAGAAGAUGACAUCGACAUGUCUGCCCCCAUUACUCCAUCCUCCAGCUCGGCAGACGAAGAUAACUGCAUCUACGCUGACGACGAAGAAGACGAGGACUCAGACGACGAGGAAGAACAGCAAGACAGCGUCGACGACGACGAUGACUUCAUUGUCCGUCCUGUCACUCGAAGUGCCGUUGUCUCUCCUCUUGCCAAGAAGAAGCCCAGCCGCCGAGUCUCUGUCUAUUCCGACGACGAAGAUUUCAAGAUGGUUGGUGCCAUGAACUACAAGAUGGCUGUGGCCGAGCAGUUUGCAGACGCCGAGAUGUUCUCUGAUUCCGAAGAUGUCAAGGCCAUCAUGGUAGCGAACGAAAGCUCCAACCGUCGAUCCUCCGAGAAGUUGGAUUGCUUGGCCGAGAUCGCUGCUAGCUUGCUCGAGAAGGGUAAUGACGAUGAUGCCAAGAAGCCCGCUUCCCGCAAGGCUGACGUUUCCUUUGCCGUCGUCGAAACCUCCAAGCCCUUGAAGAAGCGCAAGCAUCGCGCUGCUGCCGCCAAGAAGCCCAUGGCCGAACCUUCUCAAGAGUUCAACCGCUUCUGGAUGGAGCGCAUCACCUUGAAGCCUCGUGUCGGAGGCUUUGAACAGCACUGCGAAGAGCACUUCUUCAAAGCCUUCUAAAGAGCCAAGCAUUUGUUUCCUUGCUGCUCUGCUGCUUCCAGCGCUGUCUCAUGAGCCAUCAUUCGUUAUUAUCAAGUACAAGACCAAGAGAAGGACCAAGUUCAUGACUCGUCUGGGGGCGAGUGCAUGAGCAGCAAGAUGACCACAUUUUUUCUAUGUUAACUUUUUUCAGUGUGGGGGGAUCAAGAAUCUACAUACAUGACUGCAUAUGCGAUCAACGUACCAAAUCUAUGGGGAUUACAACACAUGGGGGACCAUCGCUGUCUGGGCUGGGCCGAGACACCGGUGGUCACAUCAUGGGAGGAAUCAAUCAAGGAUGGGAGGGAUCUACAACAAAACCAACAAAAAACCAAAAACAAGCAAGACGACGAGAACGAACUAUCACGGAAAUUAGCUGUUCCUCGUUCGCUUCCUACAUACGUAUAUAUCAUUACUUCUAAACUAAACAGCCGGGUUUGCUGC